AUGAGAGCAGGCCGUAGAGAAGAAGGUUGUUGUCACUGCAAUGCGCAAGUCUACAAAUCAAAUAUUUUCAUGACUUUUGUUCUCGUACAAUGUACACAAACAGCUUUUCCUUAUCAUCAUAUUUUACCGAAACGAUGUACACUUUUAAGAGGUAUGCCAAGUUCUUCUCAUUCUCAUAAGCGACAAGCGACAGUAGUCGGGAAUGAAAAAAAGAUUUCUUAUUAUUCUUUCACUCAUACCACGACUCGUGAACUUUACAGACUUUUAUGUGAAGCGGAGAACUUUUUUUCCCAAAAUAUAAAAUAA